AUGAAACCUGUACACUUCAAUAAUUCGAUAAUAAAUGAAGAUAAUUUUGAUUUACUCCAAUGUGACGAUAAAAAAAAAGAAGGAAGUUUUAAUAUAUUUAAUAAUAAUAAACAAAUGGAUAAUGAUAUAUAUGAUAAAAAUGUAUUUCCUAAUAAUUAUGUACAGAAUAAAAGUCAUAUAAAUUCUGAAUACGUAAAUAAUAUGGAUUAUUUAUCCUUACAUUCCGGGAUAGAAAAAUAUAAAUACAGAAAAAAUAAUAAUAUUGUGAAAAAUAUGAUUUUAAAAGAUGAAGAUAUUUUAUAUGAUUAUAAUAUUCAUCUGUCAAAUCAUUUAAUUAACCAUGAUAUCAAUUUUCGAUAUUCUUCAAAUAAUAUAUUUAACUUAUGUAAUAAUAAAAAUCAAAAAUAUUUUCCAAAUUCAAAGAAUUCUAAUGAAAUUAAUAAGGAUCAUAAAAACAAAGCAAAUGUAUAUACAAAUAAUAUACACAAUCAUACAAAAAAAAAUAAAUACUUUUAUUCUAAUCCAACUCAAGUUAAUUAUAAUUCACUUCUAUCUAAUAAUUUAAGACAUAAUUCUCUAUAUUAUUCUUUUAGAAAAGAUACAUCUAAUUUUAAUUUUUCAUGUGAGAAAAAUAAUACUACUUUUUCUAAACCAAAUUGUUUACAUGAAUCUAAUCCUAGCUCUACUUCAACAUGUUAUCCAAAUUUUAAUACUAUUCCUCUUGCAGUUAAUCUUUUAAAUAAUGUAAAUGAUGACAUUUCAUCAAUUCCUCCUCUUCCUCCAUCUGAAUCUUCGUCGACAUCUGCUUCUACAUCUGCUUCUACAUCUGCAUCUACAUCUGCAUCUGCCUCUACAUCUGCAUCUACAUCUGCUUCUACUUCUGCAUCUACCUCUGUGUCCACUUCUGUAUCUACCUCCGUUUCUACAUCUGCUUCUACCACUAUGAACUCCCCUCGUCCUAGUGAUAAUCACAUAAGCAACUCUUUCCCUUUAUCUCGUGAAUCCAGAGCUACAGAACAAGUGAAUAGAUUUUCUUUUCCUGUGAAUGAUGUUACAUCUAAAUGUAAUGCCAAUCCAAAUAAUGAACUCACAUCUAACAUGAAUCCAAAACAUGAACCCAUUUGUGAAGAAACCAAAAAUGAUAACAGGCACAUUAUUAGGAAUAAUUUUAUAUACGCCCUUAGUCAUAAAUGUAGUUAUAAUAUUACUAGGAAGGGACAUACAAAUAUGUUAGAGGAUGAAAAAUUGCUUAGAGAUGAUAAUGGCAUGUUUGAUAAAGUGUCCUACGAAUGUAAAGAUGAAGACGAAAAAAAUAAUUGUAGAAAUGAAUAUGAUGAAUAUUUUCAAAAGAAAAAAAAAUAUAAUUAUUUAUUACCAAAAGAAAAUGAAAAAGACAAGAGUACAAAAGAAAAAAUAAGAGAAUUAUAUAAUAACUUUAAAAAUACAUUAAAUAAAUUAUAUCAUGAAAUAUUUUUCAAUUCAUUUCAGACCAUGUUUUCUUAUUUUAUUACAACGUCUUUUUUUAUAAUAAUUAAUUUAUAUGUUAGCAAUGUAUGUACAUAUCAAGAAAUAGCUGGUUUUGGUGUUUCUAUAAGUAUUAUUGCAAUAUUGAAUUGUGUAGUAGAUGGGGUAUUAAAUAGUUUAGAUUAUUUUUGUAGUCAUUCUAUAGGUAUAGGUAAUAUGGAUAAAGCAUGGUUAUAUUUGAAUUGUGCCUAUUAUUUCUUUUAUAAAUUAUAUUUUCUUCUUUUUGUUUUUUUCUUUUUCUUUAAAUGGUUAACAUUUAAAAUCAUUAGAAAUAUAUUUGUAGCUCAUAUGAUGAAUGAAUAUCUCAUGAUGAUAAAAGUAUUUUUUUCAACAAUACAAAUAUUAUUGGUAUGUUACUUUCCAUAUUUUAUAUAUGAAACGAUGAGAAGAUUUCUUAUAUUAUAUGAUAAUAUAUAUCCAAGUAUAUGUACAUCUAUCAUAUCAGUAAUAUGCUUAAAUAUGUUUUGUUACAUCUUUAUAAUAAAAAUAUCUAUGCUUUAUACCGGAGCAGCCAUAGCUCUAUUGUGUACAAAUAUAAUUAACAUGUGUAUGAUUAUGUAUUUCUUAAAAGCAUUUAUAUAUCGGUGUGUGGUUCGUCCUACAAAUAUUAUUUCUUCCCUAAGGGAUGGAGAAGGCUUCAUGUCUUGUGAGAACAUACAUAUGGAGAGGCAACAUUUGACUGGUAACCAUCUUUAUAAAAAUAUAAAUAAUAGAGAUAGGAAUGAUGGGGCUGAUGGACAUAUAUGUGCACAAAAAGGUUGUGUAUAUGAAGAUUUCUCACGUCCUAACGAGGAUAAUUUGGAAAGGGAAGAAAAUAAAAAGGAUGAUAAUAAUUGUGAUGGAAAAAAUAAUAAUUGUGAUGAAAAAAAUAAUAAUUGUGAUGAAAAAAAUAAUAAUUGUGAUGAAAAAAAUAACAAUUGUGAUAAAACCAAAUGGACGUGUGACAAGCUACUUGAAGAUAAUUAUUACAAAAAAUACAACGUUUCUAUUCCACAUCGUUAUAAUAGCAUGGAUAGUGUUCUUGAUUUUUAUGAUGACUAUGAUUAUUAUCAUAACAUGGAUACAUAUAAUUAUUUGAAUGAUAAAUGUAAGAAUAAUUGUAAAAAAUGUUGCAAGAAAGUUAAAGUAAGGAAAUCACAAAGGGAAAAUAAAAAGAACAUCAGUAAAUAUAUUAAUAACAACACAAAUUAUGGUAAUAAUAAAAAUUAUGGUAGGAACAAUUCGCAGGUGUUCAUAAAAAAUAAAGAAAUGUAUAACUUUCUAUUUUUAUUUUUUAAUAUUCCAUCUCGAGAGACAAGAAACAAAUUUUUCUGUAUUACCAAGACUAAUAUAAAAAAUAUAUUCUUUGAGAUAUUGUCAUUUGAAUUACAGUUGUUUGAAUCCACAUAUUUAUGUCUAACAUCUGUAGCGGCUUAUGUUCAGGUAAAUAAUUUUUUAAACUUGGUAUAUUAUUUAUCGAAUUCUUAUGGUAUUAUAUUAGCAAAACUUAUUGGUGUGUACAUAAGUUCACAAAAGAAAAGAGGAAAAAAUAAACAAAAUAAAAAAUAUAAUGAAUAUAAUUUAAAAGAACCAAUGAAUCAAUAUACUAAACUAUUUGUUGAAAAAAAUGAAGAAGAAGAGAAUGAUAUUAAAAAUAAAAAGAACUUUAGUUUGACCGAAAUUUUUGUAGCCUUCUUUCUAUUAUUAUCCUUUUUAUAUACUUGUUUAACAAUAUUAUAUGUAUAUCAUAAAAAUCUUAUAAUUUUUUUUUAUACAGAUAUGAAAUUACAAAACCAACUAAUAAACAUUUUCAACAUACUAAAUUUAGAAUUAUAUUUUGAGGCCUUAGCAUCUUUAUUAAACAGUGUAAUUAAAGGAUUAAGUUUACAAAAUGAAAUAACAUCUUUUACAUUUUUCAAUUUUAUGUUUUUGAUGAACAUACUUGGAUUGUUUUUAUCCUUCUUUUUAAAAUGGGAGUUAUAUGGAUUUAUUUACUCAAAUUUAAUAUGUAUGAUUCUACAAGUAUUAUAUUUAAUAAUAUUCCUUAUAAACAAAUUUUACAUAAAAAAUAUCCACAGGGAGCAAAUAUUCAAUUAUUAA